UAAACAAGUAACCCAUGAUCGUUUCGCAUUUUCUUAAAACCAGACACUCUUUCCUUUCUACCACAGUAAAUAUGUCCUCAUAUGUUUCAAGAUAAAUGCAAAAUUACGCAAUCAUUUAUCAAUUAAAUAUAGUAAAUUCAUGUUUCAGCCAUCCCAAAAAAUAAGAGAAGCCACCCAUGCAGGUAGUUGGUAUAUUGGAGAUCGUACAUUUAAAUUCAUUAAACUCAAGGAAAGCAAUUGGAUGCCCAACUGAACGACUUCUUAUCAAAGGCCAAAGCAGAAACCAUACCCAACAUAAAAGCAAUUAUUGGACCGUAUAAAAUUUAUAAAUCAUAUCAGACACGCUGGCUUUUCAUAUUCAGGACCAACGGCUGCCUUUGCAUACUAACACUUAGUGCAAAAAGAAGGGUAAUAAACUAUAGCUAGCAUUAAAUUAUUCUAGAAUGAGAGUCUUUUUACUUGGACCCUGUCAUCAUACAUAUAUCAAAGGAAUAGGUUUAUCUGAACUAGAAAUUUAUGAAACACCACUUGGCAACAUCGAAUUGGAUUAACCAAGUAUUUACUUUUGCUGAUCUUUUAGCAAUAAAACAAUUAAGUACAGAAUUGAAAAAAAACUUUGUUUUUACAAAUAAAGAAAUCGAGGAAGAAGAACAUAGUUUAGAAAUGCAUUUGCCAUUCAUUUAUAAAGUAUUUCCAAAGUGCAAACUAAUUCCUAUAAUGGUGGGUGCAACUACUGAAUAACAAGAUGCUUAAGUGGCAAGUGUACUAGUCAAAUAUUUUGUUGAUCCAAACACAGUGUUUGUCAUAUCAUCUGAUUUCUGUCAUUGGGGAAAAAGGUCAAUUAAUGAUAUUAUCAAAUUAGUUUCCGAUACACUCCUUAUAAUAAAGAACAUGGGGAAAUUCAUUAAUCAAUAACAUAAUUAGAUGGAUAAGCAAUUAAAUUGAUUGAAUCGCAUAAACUUACAGAAUUUUAUAAGUAUCUUGAGGAUACAAAAAAUACUAUAUGUGGUAGACAUCCAAUUUGUGUUUUACUAAAUGUAAUCUUGAUUUGAAGUUUAGAUAAUCAACCUUAGCAAAUUGCAACUAAAAACACAACUAGCAAAAUAUAAUCAAUCAAAUCAAGUGACAAAGCCUAAUGACUCAUCUGUGAGUUAUGCCGCAUUAGUGACUAGUUUAAUAUGA